CUGGUGAACGCACCAACACUGCGUUGAUAGGAUGGCAAUGCGGAAGGGUUUGACGUCUAAAGCUGGCAACAAGUUGGUGCUCACCUCGGCCGCCUUUCAAGACCACAUCACACGCAGCCUGCUGCAUCCCAAUUUCCAACUUUCUGACCCUUUUCUGAGAGGCAAAAGAAAAGCGGCCAGAAGAAGAGUGGAGGAAAGGGGUCUGCAGGCACACGAUCAGCAAGAAGAGAGAGAAUAUGUGCUUGAGUCUGCUCCACCUCCUUUAACAUUAGCUCAGAAGUUGGGUUUGGUGGCCAGCCCUGCAGGGAGACUGACGGAGGACGAUUGGACUCAGGUCAAGGCGAGGUCUGUUCAGGAGGGGGACUCAGCACAUCCCUGUGCAAUAUGCAGGGAGGAGUUUUGCCUUCAGUCUCAGGUGUUGCUGUCUUGUUCUCAUGUUUUCCAUAGAGCAUGUUUGCAAGCCUUUGAGAGGUUUUGUGGGAGGAGGUGCUGCCCGAUGUGCAGAAAGGAGCAGUAUGAAACACGGGUGAUCCACGAUGCAGCUCGCCUCUUCAGGCACCAAUGUGCCACCAGAAUUCAAGCAUGCUGGCGAGGCUACCUUGCCCGAAAAAGGUUCCGACAAUUGAGAAAAUCCAUCUGGCCAAAAGACAAACAGCUGCGACGGAAAUUCUUUGAGGCAAAGUUGCAGGAGUUGAAUGACAGCUUUGUCCGAUACUGUCACACCGACACGGAGGCUUUUCUGAGUGAUAUCAACCGCUCCCUGUCAUCAAGCAGACGAGUGUUCCAGCAGCUGGAGAGAAAGCAUGUCUCCGAACCUCAAGAGAGGGACUGGGACCGAAUUCAAAGCCAGGUUGUCCAGAGAGGUGUCUGGGACUGCCCCAUCUGCCUGACUGCAUUGUGUAGCCAAAGCCUCCCAACAGAAGCCGGUACAUCCAGCCAUCAACAACGCAGACCCACAGUGCUUCUGUCCUGUUCCCACAUCUUCCAUCAGCUCUGUCUGGAGGCCUUUGAGACCUUUUCUAUUGAGAGCAGACCUUCCUGUCCCCUGUGCAGAUCUGUAUACCACAAAAAACUCAUCUAACCAGACACUCGCGCACUCUGGAGUUCGCUGGAUGGAUGCUGCAUUUAAGAAUCUCACAGCUCAGCUCAGCUGGCCAACAAGGAAAACACUGAACACCGUCCAAAAAGAAGGGAGAAAAGAAGAGAUGGAGGAGCGAUGAAGAGAGAACAACAGAGGGGAGACUGGUGGAGGAGAGGAGAGUCAACGUCUGAGCGCAUCUCAAUCCCUGGAGGUAAGGGAGGUGAGAGAGGAAUGCUUUCAGGGACUUCAGCCACGUCCCACACGCGUUCUCUUAAGGAUGCAUCAGGAUCAGGCAGAAGCCGCAGGCAGGACGUGCGUCCGCUCAAGCGCACCAGUCCACCUUAACAAGCUGCCCAUGCCCUGCUGAAGGUGUAUUCCCUUUAGAUAGGUCUCUCAAUCAUUUAUAAGACUCAAAUCAUUACCCAUUCAGAUCAUUUAGGGCAAAGGCAAAGCUUGUCACCUCCCUUACUAUCAUCCCUGGUUCCUGCCUCACUGGAAGAGCAAUCCACUGUGUCAGAAGUGAUUUGACAGGAGAAAGAGGACACUGAACUGUGAGCCCAGAUUGGUUUCAUUGAUCCAUGCACAUGCAUGACAUUGCACACUGAAAGUUCCUUACCCAUCCUUGCAAGGGAGAAAAU